CAUUGAUUUUGUGUACACACUGGCCGUUCGCCAAGGAUUUUGCGUAAAAAUAAACAAAUUAGUUUUUAGCCGGUUUUCUGCGGGACUUAACUUAAGUUAAACGCAUGGCCAACAGCUACGACAUCCCCAGUUGGGCCGGCAAACCUCCCACUGGGUUGCAUCUGGAUGUGCUGAAGGACGACAAACUUGUACAAAAACUGAUGGUCGAUGAGAAAAGAUGCUAUUUAUUUGGCAGAAACAGCCAAAUGAAUGACUUCUGCAUAGACCACGCCUCCUGCUCGCGCGUCCACUCGGCAUUUGUGUACCAUAAGCAUCUCAACAUCGCCUACCUCGUUGAUUUGGGUUCCACCCAUGGCACAUUUAUUGGCACACUGAGAUUGGAGGCUCACAAGCCCACGCAGCUGCAGAUCAACAGCACCUUUCACUUUGGAGCCUCCACCAGAAACUACAUACUCAGGGAACGCCCCUCGGGGCACCACAACAAUAUCAUGGAGGACCUGCCGCUCAGCGAAACGAGCGACGGAACUCUGCUGGGCCUGCCCGAAAGCCAAACCGAGCUUGAUAAUCUCACGGAGUACAAUACGGCCCACAACCGACGCAUCUCAAUGCUGGGCAUCGAUGAUGACACCAAUAUGCGGAAGCAAAACGCCUUGAAACAGGGUCGUCGCAUCCGUAAUGUCACGUUUAAUGAUGAGGAGAUAGUUAUCAACCCGGAAGAUGUGGAUCCCAAUGUGGGACGCUUCAGGAACCUGGUGCAAACCACUGUGGUGCCUGCCAAGAGGGCCCGAUACGAUGUCAACCACAUGGGCAUCCAUUCGGGCAGCAGCCUGUCCAGUGUCAGUGCUGCCCACGUGCACCAAAUGUUCCAGCAAACACUGGCGGACAUGAAGCACCACCACCAGCAGCAGCAGGGAAGCAGAGAAAUGCCCGCUCCCAAUGCUCCGGUGCCCCACUCGCCAACUAACUCUCUGUAUCAAGGACUGCCGGCCGAGACGCACGGAAAGGGCGACCUGGAGCCCAUCUCACCGCUGAGCAUUGGUUCCAAGUUGGGCUUGCUGCUGCCAAAUCCCGCGCCCGAGGUGUUGCCCGUCUUUGAUGAGGCAGUGGAGCCCACCUCCACAUUGGCCCAAAAGCUGGCCGUCGCCAAUGCAAAUGUGCGUCGCUAUGGCGAGGAUCCGCAUGACUCCAGUGGCGAGGGCGAUGCUCUAUGUCCACAGAAGAAAAAGUAUGCCAAGGAGGCCUGGCCAGGCCGAAAACCCAUGUUGGGGCAGCUGUAAAGGCUUAUUGGCCAACCGGUUAGAUUGAGGACCACCCACUAUUAUGUUCGUAGAAAAGUAACAAAUUUUAUAUAGAUCCCUUACUUAAAUAUUUCCUAAAGUUAAUGA